AUGGCUUUCCUGGAGGAUGGGAACCACACUGCAGUGACAGAGUUCAUUUUAUUGGGCUUAACAGAUGACCCAGUCCUUAAAGUCGUCCUCUUCAUCAUCAUGCUGUGCAUCUACCUGGUGACUGUGUCUGGGAACCUCAGCACCAUCCUCCUUAUCAGAGUCUCUUCCCAGCUCCAUCACCCGAUGUACUUUUUUCUAAGUCACUUGGCUUCUGUUGACAUAGGCAUCUCAUCUUCUGUCACACCCAAUAUGCUUGUCAAUUUUCUGGUGGAGAGAAAUCCUAUCUCCUAUGUUGGAUGUGCCAUUCAGCUUGGUUCAGCUGUUUUCUUUGGGACAGUUGAAUGUUUCCUUCUGGCUGCCAUGGCUUAUGAUCGCUUUAUAGCAAUCUGCAACCCACUGCUUUACUCAACAAAAAUGUCAACACAAGUUUGUGUCCAGUUGCUUAUAGGAUCAUAUAUUGGUGGUUUUCUUAAUGCUUCCUUCUUCACCAUUUCCUUCUUUUCUUUUCUCUUCUGUGGACCAAAUAGAAUCAAUCACUUUUUCUGUGAUUUUACUCCUUUAGUUGAACUCUCCUGUUCUGAUAACAGCAUCCUUACAGUUCUAGAUUCAUCUUUUGCUGGCUCCAUCAUUUUGAUCACAGUGCUUGUCAUUGCUGUCUCCUAUAUCUACAUCUUCAUCACUAUCCUGAAGAUGCACUCCACUGAGGGCCGCCAAAAGGCCUUCUCCACCUGCACCUCCCACCUCACUGCAGUCACUCUGUACUAUGGGACCAUCACAUUCAUUUAUGUGAUGCCCAAGUCCAGCUACUCCACAGACCAGAACAAGGUGGUGUCUGUGUUCUACAUGGUGGUGAUCCCCAUGUUGAACCCCCUCAUCUACAGCCUCAGGAAUAAUGAGAUUAAGUGUGCUCUGAAGAGACAACUUGCUAGGAAAAUACUUUCUUAG